AUGCAUGAUAAAUUCUCCACAUUAUGUAAAGAAAAUCUUCCCAUGAAGAAAAACGAGCCUGCUAAUGAGCAGACUGAUGCUUCCUCAUCUGCAUUAAUGCAAGUGGAUCCAAAAGAAACUAGUAUUGUUGUGAGGGAUGAGAUGCAAAAUGGAGGAUUUCCACAAGCACAAACCAUCCUCUACAAUUCUAAGAAACUUCAAGAGGAUUUGCACGUAUUGGGGAUGAAAAUCAAGCAUCAUGAGGACAACAUUAAGUUUUUGAAGAGUCACAAAAACAGAUUAGAUGACUCCAUUCUCGAUCUACAAGUUACCCUUGGCAAGUAUCAUUCUUCAACAAUGCCGAAUAAUGAAAAUGAUGCUCAUUCCUCCAAUCAGAGUGAGGAGGAAACAAUGGAACAAAUUCUACGUCAUGAAAAAUCUGCUGCGGGCAUUUUGUGCCAACUGAAAAUGCACCAUGGUACUCAAACUUCUCAUCUAUCAUUGACCAACGAUGUGCUUGGUGUUGUUGCUACACUUGGCAAGGUAGAUGAUGAUAACCUUGGCAGGCGUUUUUCAGAGUUCUUAGGUGUGGAGACUAUGCUGGCAAUUGUCUGUAAGACGUAUGAAGGUGUAAAAGCUCUCGAAACAUAUAACAAGGAAGGCCAAAUAAAUAAAGGCUUUGGCCUUCAUGCCCUUGGUGCUUCUAUUGGGAAGGAAUUGGAUGGCCGAUUUCUUGUCAUUUGUCUUGAAAAUCUAAGACCCUAUUGUGGUGAAUUUGUGGUGGAUGACCCACAAAGGAGGCUUGAUCUCCUUAAGCCAAAAUUGCCUAAUGGGGAGUGCCCACCUGGGUUUAUUGGCUUUGCUGUAAAUAUGAUCAACGUGGAAUACACCAACUUAUUUUAUCUCACAAGCACCGGAUAUGGUCUUAGAGAGACUCUAUUUUAUAACCUUUUCUCUCGUCUGCAAGUUUAUAAAACAAGGGAAGACAUGGCACUCGCCCUUCCUUGUAUAAGUGAUGGAGCCAUUUCACUGGAUGGAGGAAUGAUAAAGGGUACGGGUAUCUUGUCUCUGGGUAAUCGGAAUGAUGUGGAUGUAAGAUUCCCAAAACUGUCUGUGACAUCAACCUUGCCUGACAACUACGUUGACACCGAGAAGCAGCUCAAGGAGAUAAAAUGGAAAAGGGAAAAAUUGCUGGAGGAUAUAAAGAGAGAACAAGCACUAUUGGAUGCUGCAAAGCAAAGUUUUGAGAGAAAGAAGGAAGAGUUUGUUAAAUUUCUGGCUCAAAGCUCAGCAUAUGCAACUCAGAUGCAGGCAGGAUUUACUUCAAGAUAA